AUGAUACAAUUCACGACCGUUCGCUGUUUUAAAGGAUUUGAUAUCUCAAAAGGGCUUUCUUCUUUAUUUGGAAGUAAAAUACAAGAUUGUAAUAAAGGAUGCAAUUCAAAAGGUAUAGGAGGAGUUUCGUUUCCAAAUACUGGAUUUAGUUUCGGAUCUUUUUCAACAGGAGGGUUGCCGACAACCUUUUCGGGCGGCUUUUCGUCAGGUUCUCAGGGGUCCGGUUCAUUUGGGGGUGGUAAAGGUUCCGAAGGAGGAAAAGGAGGCGGCCCGUUUGGCGGCCCAUUUGGCGGACUGUUUGACAAGGCUCUGGAAUGGUGUAGCGAGGCUCAUGCACGUGACAUUGCACGACGUCAAGGAAUUGAUAUUCGAGACAUUCGUUUUGAACAGACACCCCAAGGGGGCAUAAAUGUUUUUGUGGAUGCCCCUAAUGCGACACCAAAACAAAUAGAACAGCUGGGACAGCAAGUAAUGGUGGAAUGCCCAGUGGCUCGUUUUAGGAAAACUCAGGUGACUUCACCUCAGCAAAAAGUGCAGUGGCUCCGUCUGCCCGAUCGUUACGACCGCUAG